AUGGCCUUUGCCAAGAAGUUCUUUAGGGUUAGGGAAAAGACACCUUUCGGUUUCUGUGAUGGUCCACAAAUGAGUGUCUCUGAGUUUCUCUUCGGUGAAUAUCCCAACUAUCCAAAAUACCAUACAACAUACAGACCCGUGGGGCAGAUCCACCGGGUUGCCGCUGAGGGAGAUGCGGGCCGGAUGGAGAUUCUCAUCAUGCUUGGACAGUGCAGCGUGUUCGACAGAGACCACAAGAACAGGACGGCUUUGCAUUUUGCCUGUGUCUAUGGCCGGCUACCAGUGGUGAACAUUCUAUUGAAAAACAACUGUGAGAUUGAUGCUUUUGACCAGAGCCAAAUCACACCUCUGAUGAAGUCUGUCCAAUGCUGGAAACAGAAGUGUGCGGCCCUUCUCCUGGAGCAUGGCGCUGAUCCGAACAUUCAGGAUAGCAGCGGCAACUGCGCGCUGCACUAUGCUGUGUACAACGGGCAUGAAGACAUGGCCGCACUACUGCUUGAAUACCACGCCAAUAUCGAACAAAAGACCAAAGAUGGCUUCACACCACUUUUGCUGGCACUCAGAGAAAAGAGGGUAGAGGUGGCAGAAUUUUUAGUCAAAAAAGGAGCAGACAUACAUGUUGUAGAUGACAUGCAAAGAAACACCUUGAUGUAUGCUAUACGAUGUGGAUCAAAAGAUAUAGCCAUGUUACUCCUUCAAAAAGGCAUUGAUUUCUUCUACAAGGAUGUCUUUGGAUGGACAGCGUUGCGCUAUGCUGUUGAAGGUCACUGUACUUUUAGACAGACGCUUCUGGAUUUUGAGGAAAACAUACAUAAUAACAAAAAAGAUAAUGAACCAGUAGAACAAAUGGAUUCUGGAAAUGACUCAUUGGCCAGGCAGCUGCAGCUGGGAUCCCAUGCCUAUGAUUUGACUCCCAUUUGGCUUGGCUCCCUCAUUCAUGCUCUUGCUUAUCCACAGCAGAAUGUCUCUGAGAAUGCUCCUCUGAGCUGUGCUGGCAGUUUAUCUUCGGCUAUAGACAAAAUAUUUGAAAAUACAGCAAGAAGAAAAGUGACAGAUAGUAUUACAUGGGACAAAAUUAAAGUUGGGAAGGAGGGCUGUGAGGGCCCAGCUACAGGAAGUUCAGCAAAGCCAUUGCCAGGCAUGUCUGCCAGUGAAGUCAGAGAAUCUGUGGCCACUGAAGUCAGAGAAUCUGUGGCCACUGAAGUCAGAGAAUCUGUUAAUAAUGAAGCAACAGAAAUAACAGAGCUGCUACCAUUCCUACCAGUGUCCCAGGCUUCCAGUGUGGGGUCUCUGCCAGAAGGAUUUGCAGAGGGAGAUUACGAUACUCGUGUGAUUUCUCCACAGUUUAAAGAUGCUGUUUGGAGAACUGGGUGCAGUGCUGCACACCUGCAAUCCUAG